AUGGGUGAGAUCACCUCGACGCCAGAUGUUGCUGCGGAGCAAGACGACUAUAUACCUUUAGACUUGGACGAUGAUCAAUAUGUGGAUCAGCUGGAUGGUCCUGGCCCCACGUCAGAAGCCCAAGCUCAAGCUCAAGCACCCAAAACUCCAGCCGGUCGCACCAAAUCGAACGUAAGACCGGACUCCGCACCUGCUCGCCGAGGUGGGCAAGGUGGAGCUUUUGCUCCGAAUUCUGAUCCUCGCGGGAAACGGCAAGACCAGCUGAAGCCUAAAAGCUUGGAUAUUUUGACUCCGCUACCGACCCCUCCAUGGCAGCCUAAAGGAAGAGUUUAUUCGAAAAACCUGUUGAAGAUGUUGCAUGAAGAAAUCGACGACUAUAUCUCUUUUCUCAUCCCGACAGAAGCCGAACAUAGCAUGCGUCAAUUGACGGUCGACAGAAUCACACAUGUUGUGCAGUCGGUAUGGCCGCGAGCAGAGGUUCACGUAUUCGGCAGCUUCGAAACAAAACUUUAUCUUCCUUCGAGUGACGUUGACGUAGUCAUUCUCGAAAGAAGUGCAUAUCCGCCGAUUUGUUUACACCAACUGGAGACAGCGGUAAAGCGUGCUGGUAUUGCAUCAAAAAUUGAAGUAAUUAGAAAUGCGAAGGUGCCAAUCAUCAAAAUUGUAGAUGCGCUGACGAAGUUCCCAGCCGAUAUCAGUUUCAAUGUCGAAACUGGAGUGCAUGCUGCGGAUAUUGUGAAGAAGUUCAUUGACGACCCGCUUUCCGGGGAAGGUCUUCGACCACUACUCCUCAUCAUGAAGCAGUUUCUUUUGCAAAGGCACUUGAAUGAGGUGUUCACAGGAGGAUUGGGCAGCUACGCACUAAUGACCCUUAUAACCGCGUUUCUAAAGCUUCAUCCAAAACUACAAACUGGCCAGAUAAGAGCCAAAGAUAACCUGGGAGUGCUGUUACUGGACAUGCUGGAAUUAUACGGUUCACAGUUCAACUACGAGGACGUUGGUAUUGGGGUGAAUCUCGAACGGGCUUGGUACUAUCGCAAGGAAAUCUACCAGAACCCAAGAACCUGUCCGCUGCAGCGUGGGCCCCCACGGCCAACGGCGCUAUGUAUCCUGGACCCACAAGAUCCGACAAAUGAAAUCGCCGGAGCAACUCGUGCCUGGCCGGCGAUUCGUUACGAAUUCAUGCGUGCGUCCAGACUCCUCCAGGGCAUGAUAGGUGCCGGAUACGAACGAUUACACGCAGGACGCCAUGUGAAUGUGCCCACUCUGCUCGGCAGUAUACUUACAGUUAGAAAGGAAGUGAUGGAGCAUCGAGAAGCUGUCCAGGAGCAGUAUGAUGAGAUUCGAGAUAAUCUAAAAGAGUACGUCACACGAGCAAACGUCUCAGGGUCUCCCGCGCUGGGGCAAAAGAGGAAAAGAGGAGACAAUGUCGACAGCCAAAAGUCGACUCAGGGGCAAAAACGAAAAAAGGGUCAAGGAAAACUGCACCUCCGGGACGAGGCCGAUCACUUUUAUGUCAUCGAUAGCGAUUCGGAAUUGGACGUAGCGGACGACCGUUUUGAGAAAGCGGCAGAGUCCGAUAGCGAACCCGAUUCCAGCAUUUUCGAAAAGCUAACUCAAAAGAAAUUUCCCCGCAGGGCUGCGAAGGCGGAUUCAGACAGUGAGCCUGAAUUACAGAUUAGGGAGCCUGUAUCUCGAAAUCGGGUGGUCAAAAUGCCACAAAAGAUCCGAUAAAUGAUACCUUGAAUUGUAGAUUUUGCUUGGGCCCUUUGUACAUACUAAUCUAAUCUAUUUUCGUAGUAGUACUAGUUCUAAUCGUCUUAAAUGGUUCACACUAUUGACUUUAUGCCAAAUCAAAGACAUAUCGCUCCCUAAAUCCCUCAAAGAUUUCUCUACACCUAAUUCUGGAUCUCAGUUUUGUGCACAGCAAGAAGGCCCCCGAUAGCUUCCUAUGCAAUGAAUACGUCUCGUCAGGUGGUGGAGUCAGUCUCUCUCUGAGCAUCAACGGAAUCUCCGCGCGGACGCGGUUGGUCACA